GCCCCUAUUGCUUUCAACAUCAAAGCAGAGCAAAAUAACUACACAUUCCCCUUUUGAACCAAGAAGCUUCCAACAUGGCAUCUUCUUUUGCGCUAGCUAUUCUCAUUCUUCUCUUCGUUGAAAUGCACUUCCAGGCUGCCACUGCUGAUGGCGGUUGGCAGGGUGGCCACGCUACUUUCUACGGCGGUGGUGAUGCUUCUGGCACAAUGGGAGGUGCAUGUGGUUAUGGGAAUUUGUAUAGUCAAGGAUAUGGAACUAACACUGCAGCUCUAAGCACUGCUUUGUUCAACAACGGGUUGAGUUGUGGGGCAUGUUAUGAAAUGAGGUGUGAUGAUGACCCAAGAUGGUGCAAGCCUGGCACCAUUGUUGUUACUGCUACAAACUUCUGCCCUCCAAACUUUGCUUUGCCCAACAACAAUGGUGGUUGGUGCAACCCUCCUCUGCAACACUUUGAUAUGGCAGAACCAGCCUUCCUGCAAAUUGCCCAAUAUAGAGCUGGAAUUGUGCCUGUGGCAUUUAGAAGAGUGGCUUGUGUGAAAAAGGGAGGAAUAAGGUUCACAAUCAAUGGCCACUCUUACUUCAACCUGGUUUUGAUCACCAACGUCGCGGGUGCAGGGGAUGUCCAUGCAGUCUCCAUCAAAGGGUCCAAAACUAGCUGGCUACCCAUGUCAAGAAACUGGGGGCAAAAUUGGCAAAGCAACUCCUACCUCAACGGACAAACCCUCUCUUUUCAAGUCACCGCCAGUGACGGUAGAACUCUCACAAGCUACAACGUGGCACCACCUAAUUGGCAGUUUGGUCAAACCUUCCAAGGGGGUCAAUUUUAGGAAAAAUAAUUAUAAUUACAAGCUACUAAUAUUAAUUAACUUCUUUUCAUUGUGUGUUAUAUGGAGAAUGACCGGGAACAUGUAUUCUAUGCAAUAAUAAUUUCUCCAUUUUUAGAUUUUGCAAUGUG